AUGCAGCUCACGCAGCAGAACAAAAUAAACCCCGAGACGGUUCAACGAAUGAAGCAAUUGGUUGAAUCUUGGUCUCCCGAGGAGCGGGCCACAAAGGAGAAACGUUUCGUUCGUCGAAUUGACUUCCAUCUGCUUCCUAUUCUUCUCAUCAUGUAUAUUAUGAAUUACAUAGACCGCAAUGCCCUACCCCAAGCACGAGUACAAGGACUGGAGGAUGAUAUUGGCUUAGUUGGAAUGGAAUACAAUAUUGUUCUAAGCCUAACAUUUAUCGGAUAUAUUCUGAUGCAAGUUCCGAGCAAUAUGCUCCUGGGAAUUCUGCGCCCAAGCUGGUAUCUUGCAGGAUGCAUGAUCAUAUGGGGUAUAGUUUCCGCUGCUAGUGGAGCUGUGCAAGAAUUUGGGGGAAUUGCUGCCUGCCGCUUUUUUCUCGGAAUUGCAGAAGCACCAUUCUUUGCUGGGGUUGCAUUCUUAUUCUCUGGGUGGUAUACCCGCAAAGAACUAGGCAUGAGACUGGGUAUCUUCUUCUGUGGUGCUAUGCUCUCCGGAGCCUUUAGUGGCUUAUUCUCAGCCGGGAUUGCUGCUGCGUUCGCGCAUAACAAUAUCGCAAGCUGGCGUUGGCUUUUCAUCAUCGAAGGCGCCGCUACUGUAUUCUUUGCGUUAGUAACCGGCUUGGUUAUACCAGACUGGCCGUCCACAACCAAGUGGCUCUCGGACGAGGAAAGGGCUCUGGGAAUGGUGCGACUUUACGAAGAUUCUGGAGAUGAAGAGGACGAGAUCAAAACUAUGACUGCCUUUAAGAUGGCAGGUAAAGAUUACCGCGUCUGGCUUUGUAUUCUUGGCCAGUUUUGUGCUCAAGCAGUGGCAUCCUUGACAAACUUUUUACCCACGUUGGUUGAAAGCUUUGGCUUCAAUACAAUCCACACUCUACUUCUGACAGCACCGCCGUAUUUGUUCACUGCCGCAUUCUGCUUGUGGAAUACCUGGUACUCAGACAAAACCUCGAAUCGAUCGAAUCAUAUAAUAUUUCCAACAGCAGUUGCAAUUAUUGGAAUUGUCUUGACGAUGGCGACAUUGAACAUUGGCGCUCGUUAUUUCGCCCUUUUCCUCAUGCUGGGGGGAACCUACGGCUGUUUUCAAAUAUCCAAUGCAUGGAUGGCAAAUAUCGGAGCCCGGCCUCGGAAGAAGCGUGCGGUCGCAUUGGCCAUGAAUAAUUCCUUUGGAAAUAUUGCGCUUGUCUGGACACCCUAUCUAUAUCCCAGCAGCGAUGGACCACGCUAUCUGAUGGCCUGGUCGGUCAAUCUGGCACUCGCAGUUGUUCUCCUUUUAUCCACUGUGGCUCUGAGCAUAUGCUUGCGGAGAGAUAACAAAAGAGACCCAAUAAUUGACAACGGCCCAGGAAUAGCUACGGCGGAUGAUAAGGCAUCUUCUUACUGUGUAGAAGAUGCAGGAGUUUCACGCAUUCUGGCACGUUAUGAUAUUUAA